AACAAGACAGGCUUUUCGGUAACCUUACCACGACUCUCUCUUACUUCUAUAAAAUCUGAGAUAGGCUCUCUACAAAUAUCAUCACCAUUUCUAGUUAUUUUAUAUUCUUUGUUUCUCUUCGUCAUUUUAAACGUCCAAAGUCAUGUCUCAGACCGUUGUCCUCAAGGUUGGUAUGUCAUGUGAAGGCUGUGUUGGAGCAGUCAAGAGAGUAUUGGGAAAAAUGGAAGGUGUGGAAAAUUUUGAUAUCAAUUUGAAGGAGCAAAAAGUGACUGUAAAGGGCAAUGUGCAGCCCGAAGCUGUUCUGCAGACUGUGUCAAAAACUGGGAAGAAGACUGCCUUCUGGGAAGAGGAGACACCAGCAGCAGCACCAUUACCAGCAGAACCAUCGCCAGCAGAACCAGAAUCAAAGCCAACUGAAGCUGUUGCUGCUUCUUAAUGUCAGCGAGCCAUUUGAUUUGUGGGAAUAUAUCUUUUAUUAAUGGUUUAGACCUUGAUGAAUUUACUAUGAAUAUUGUGUGGACUGUCUAAUAUGUAGUGCACUUCAACUUUGAAACUACAAUAAGUUCUUGAGUGCCUUUCCUCUGUGUUAUUAUCUAAAAAUAAAUAAAUUUUCCUUUAGAUAA